AUGGCCAACGACGCGGACCACGCGCGGCAGCGUAGGGCGCUUUCGCAUGCAUUCUCCACCAAGGCUUUGUUGGAGCAGGAGUACAUUGUAAAGUCGUACAUUGACGUGUUCUCGCUGAAGAUGAGGGAGUCUGCCAAGCUCGGAAAGCCUGUGAACGUCGUUGAUUGGUUCGCAUACACAAUGUUCGAUAUUAUCGGAGAUAUGGCUUUGGGAGAGCCAUUCGGGUGCUUGACAAGCGGCUACAAGACGAAUCGCUGA